UGGGUAGUGCGCUAAGAGGGGGUUUGCCAGCGCGCAGGGCUGUGGACAGUCGUGCCCAGAGGUUAUGCAGCAGGGGCUGGGCCCUGCGUGGAUUUCCGAGGCACCCACCGUGGGAGGGACAUCAAAUGUGCAUAUCCCCGCCGAGGACAGGCAGAGUAAAGGGUGUCCAGCACUGGAGGGAGGAGCUAGUGGAAACUGGGUUGGGUGCCACUGAGUUUCAGUGUGGGAGGCUGUGCAGAACGGGAGAGUCAAGUGAAGGAAAGGUGAAAUGGAGAGAGAGUCCUAAGAGGUGAAAUGAAGGAAGCUGCUGAGGAGGGGUUGGAUGGGUGCAGCCAUGAAGACAAAAGGAGAAUUGAAUGUGCUGCUCCCCACCUUCUCACCAAGCUGCGGGAGUUACCCAAGCUUGAUCUGUUCUGACCUCAAAUUCUCAGUCUUUCACAAGACAGCUAGUGGAUGCUUCCUAUUUUGGCAAACGAACUAGUUUCAAGAACAAGUGUGUUCUCUCCUUUUGUACAUAAUAUGAUCCAGGGUCAAAUUAAAACCAUAAAAACGCAUCUUCCUGUGAGUAUGCAUUUCAUAUGACAAGUGUUCUGGUGCUUCACAUUGAACGCAUUAUGGUCCUUAUGGUGAUACAUGCAAUAAGUGGAGAUGAACUGUGGUCAUUAUUUUACUACAGAUAAAAUAUACAGUAAACUAUCCUUCAAAAGAUAAUUUCUAGAAGCAGUGUGUUCUAUCCUUACCUUGUGGGAAAUGGAAAAUGCAUAAAACCUCAAUUCAUUUAUAGAUAUACUGCUUCAGACAGGCAAUUUGCAAAUGCCUGUUAAGGAGGCCAUAUGGAGAGGCUGGCAGAAGGGCAGCUAGUGAACCAGUUAUAUGUGCCAAGUUCAAUUUGUCACACUUUACAGUACAAAGAAAUAUUUUGUUCUUGUUUUGAGAAGGAAAACUCUUACUAGUAAAGAUUCCACAACAUACUCCUCAAAAUGCAUCUUUUAUGAAAAGAUCCAGCAUGCCUGCUUUCAAAUAAUAGAAUUGCUGGUAUGUAACAUCUACAAAGGUAUGCAGUAAAUACAGAGUACUGAUUUAAAAUGUGUGGAACAGAAGGACCCUCAUUUCUCCACUCACAUAUGUCUUGGCCAUUAGUCCUUGUGGCUGGAAGACUGACAGCUUUCAAAAACAAAACAAGGGUCUUGGUUCAAAACUGAAACGUUCCAAACUGAAACUAGGGAUCAUAGAAUCAUAGAAUAUCCUGCGUUGGAAGGCACACACAAAGUUUGAGUCCAACUCCUGGCUGUUCACAGUACAGCCAUAAGAAUCACACACCAUGUGGAUCAGAGUAUUGUCCAAACACUUCUCGAAGUCUGGUGCCAUGACCACUUCCUUGAGGAGGCUGUUCGAGUGCCUGACCACCCUCUGGGUGAAGGUUUUCGUAAUAUCUAACCUAAACCUCCUGUGAUGCACCUUCAUGCCAUUCCCGCACAUCCUCUCACUGGUCACCAGAAAGGAGACCGGUGCCUGGACCACAUCUCCUGUGGCUCUACGGGGACAGUGACAGUGGUGAAAGUUGUGCAGGCUGGUGCUAAAAUCACCUUUUCUCCUCGGUAUAACACUCAGAGGCUAGGUUUUUUAAAAUUAGAUUUGGCAUCAAAAUUCCUCAUCUGUUUACUCUCCCAGCCUUUGGUACUUCCAGGCGUCUCAACAGUUUGAGUUGGCCGGUAGAAUUUACCCCGCCCAGGCAAGGCAGCAGUUGCUGGAUGUACCGAAACCGGAGGCGGUGUCUGUGUGACCCGGCUGCCCGCGGUGCCGCUCCCCGAUCCUCUGCGCGGGCCAGCACCGACCAAAGCUCCGAGCCCCCGCCCCUGCGGAGAAGGCGAUGUCUCCUCCCCGCCGGCGGGGGCGGGUGGCGGGGCUGGGCCGGUCCUGGCUGCGCGGCCGCCAUGGCCGGGAUGGGGCUCGGGAGCUGGUGGCGGGCGGCGCGGGCCCUGCGGGCAGCGGGCGGCGGCUGGAGCCGGGCGGCAGCGCCCGGCCCCACCUGCCGCAGCCUCUGCGCCGCCGGGGCGCCGAACCUCUCCUACCAGGAGCUCAAAGACUUGAAGAAGGCCAGCGUCCUCCACAUUGACGUGCGGGAGAGGUGGGAGAUCGACAAGUUUGGAAAAAUCCCGGAGUCCAUCAACAUACCGCUGGGUGAAUUAAUGGAAGCUCUACAAAUGGACCCAGCAGAGUUCAAGAAGCAGUAUAAUCAAAAGAUGCCAUCCAAGUCAGACCCUGUGGUUUUCUCCUGUUUGGCAGGAACAAGAAGUAAACAAGCACUUGGUUUUGCCAUGUCCUUGGGUUUCAGCAGGUAUGACUUCGUGUGUAAGGAUGGGAUUAAUGCUACUUCCCCCCAUGAAGCAGAACACGUACUCACCUUGUGGGCAAGGGUAAAAGUUUACAUGUGGAAUAUGAACAAAAUGAUUGGUAUUUGAGUUAGACACCUCCUCUUGUCUCCACUGAAACUGAAAGAUAACACUGGAUGUUCCAGCUAAGUGAGGUGUACCACCCUCUGAAACAACCCCUCAGCAGCUCUGCGCAUGUGCCACUGGUGACACAAACUGCUCCAAGACCACGCUGCCACUGAAGGGUCCUUCUGCCUCUUAGGGCUCCCUUGCUGAGAUGCUUCUUCCUUAUACAGCUUCAUAAGCACUAGUUCUGAGAUGGAGGAAGAUUGGAAGGGUGGAGAAUUGCUUGCUUUGGUAGAAGUACAAUCUUAAAUAGUUUAUGAAACCACACCCUUUGUUGAAUUGCAGUUCUACCUGUAAUGUUCACUGUUGACAAAGGGUGCCUUCACUUCCUGAAAAUCUUUGGAUUAUUUGCCAGGAGUAAAGCAGUGAAGGCAAUAGCUAACAAAGCAAUGAGAUUAUGAUAGAGUGAAAUCAAAUGCAGCAUUUGGUUUGCAGAAUUGUUAAACCUACCUUUGGAAGGUGCCUUGCUGUUUUGAAGACUGCAGAUGAAAUCUAAGACAUUGGUUAUUUGCUCAUGUUUUCACUGAACUGCAGUUUAUGAACUGGACUAUUCCUAUUAAUUCUAGUCAAAAGCACGGAAGCAUGUUCUUGUUUCAAAGUGUAAAAUAUCCUCCAUUACCUGCUUUUCGUGCUGCCUAAUUGAAGGAGUCAGCGUUGUUUUGCGUGCUGGAUUUUUGUUUUCCAGAGUUUAGUUUUGCACAGGGUAUGUCAGACCUAUAGAGUACGUAGGUUUGCAAGGAAGUAAAGAUCAGUGUGCCGGGUUUCUUUGGUGACAUCUGAAGUAUUAGACACAGUAACACGUAAAUCUCCCACUGCUGUGAGUCUGUGCUCCUGUUUUUAAAAAAGAAGCGGCAAUUGUUUCAUUAAGCCAGCUGCUAUUUCUUGCAUGAUGUUUGAACUCCAGCAGUGUCAUUUGGAAGAAGGGAGUUACAGAACUCAUGGCAUGGAAGCAGGCAGUAUUAGAGUACCAGGAAUGUCCAUCUGGCUCAUUGAAGCUACGUUCAAGUGUAUAUGGUUGCAGAGAAUUUCUGUGCGUUUUUUUAAAUCUGGUUUUUGUGGGGUUUUUUGUUUGUGGGGUUUUGGGUGUUUAUUUUUUACUUUUGGUUUUGGUUUUUUUGCUGUGUCCUUGUAAGAGACAAUAUUAAGAAGGACUCUUCUUGAGAAAGGUAUCUUCUGCAUAUUUUCAGAGUUCAGCAGUAUGCUGGUGGCUUUGAUGACUGGGUAAAACAUGAACCUCCAGAAAAGAAAUGAAGACAACUGCCCCAACCCUUACCUCAUCAAUGCUUCAGGAUGGCUUGUAGGUUUUAGCAAACUGCACGCAUUCCAGUUCCAUAAUAAAGCUUACUGCUGGCUUCUUGUGUAAAUGGACGUUCACCUUCAAAUAGCCAUGCAAAUCAACUGCUUGGUUUAAAUUAUACCCAAAGACUACAACACGAACAGAGGACAUUAAAUUUGCUCAACCUUUCAACCUUUACUUUGGGUUAUGGUUUUGGUGAAUGUAUAUGAAGAGAACCUAAGUCUGAUUAUGUCUGCUUUUUUGUAUGAUGUAGUUUAUGACUGUUGAAACUAAUGAUGAUAAGGACAAAUAAAAUUACUAUUUCUCAAA